AGAAGAGACAGAGUGGAAGAGAAUUUCAGCUCUAAGAAGGGACUGAAGGAAGGCUUCAGUGGGAAACUAAGAAGGAGGUGACCCAGAACAGCUGAGGCAUGGAGAGAUGGCUGAACCAAUCAUCUACAGACGACUUCAUCCUCUUGGGCAUCUUCUCCCACAGUCCAGCUGAUCUUGUUCUUUUCUCUGUGGUCAUGAUAGUCUUCACAGUAGCCCUUUGUGGGAACGUUCUCCUCGUCCUCCUCAUCUACACUGACCCUCGACUUCAUACCCCCAUGUACUUCUUCCUCAGCCAGCUCUCCCUCAUGGACCUCAUGUUGGUCUGCACCAAUGUGCCAAAAAUGGCAGUCAACUUCCUGUCUGGCACGAAGUCCAUCUCCUUUGCGGGUUGUGUUAUACAAAUGGGCCUCUUUCUCACUCUUGUAGGGUCUGAGGGGCUCUUGCUGGGACUCAUGGCUUAUGAUCGCUAUGUGGCCAUCAGCCACCCACUUCACUAUCCAGUCCUCAUGAAUCAGAAAGUCUGUCUUCAGAUUGUUGGGAGCUCCUGGGCCUUUGGGACAAUAGAUGGCCUGGUGCAGAUGGUGGUGAUAAUUAACUUCCCCUACUGUGGCUUGAGGGAGGUGAACCAUUUCUUCUGUGAGAUGCUUUCCUUGUUGAGGCUGGCCUGUGUGGACACAUCCCUGUUUGAGAAGGUGGUAUAUGUUUGCUGUGUAUUCAUGUUGCUCUUUCCUUUCUCUAUCAUCAUUGCGUCCUAUGCUCAUAUCUUAGUGGCUAUAGUCCAUGUGCGCUCUGCUCAGUCCAGGAAAAAGGCUCUGGCCACCUGUUCUUCCCACCUGACAGCUGUCUCCUUCUUCUAUGGGGCAGCCAUGUUCAUCUACCUGAGGCCAAGGAAAUAUCGGACCCCUAGCCAUGAUAAAGUGGUGUCUAUCUUCUACACGGUCCUCACGCCUAUGCUCAACCCCCUCAUUUAUAGCCUGAGGAACAGGGAGGUGAUGGGGGCACUGAGGAAGGGGCUGGACCACUGCAGGGUUGGCAGCCUGCACUGAGUAUUGGGGCCUGACUCCGCCUUAUCUUGUUUGUGUGAUAACAGGUAAAUAAUCUCCUCUUUGUGACACUUGGUUUAAUAAUUAACAAUGAGUGUAAUGACACCUGCUGUCUUUGAAAGGCCUUUCUUUAUAAACCCUAAAACAGCGCUAACUGUAUCACUAUUGAA